UUAAUGGGGUUGGAUUGUAGUAACAUGGUUUUAAUUGUAGAUAAUUUCACUAAAUGUGUGAGAACUGCAAAACCCAAAAAUCUCGUCUCCUAGCAGGAACAGAGAAAUUUACUCUAUUCACAAAAAGAAAAAAGGUGGUUUUGAUCUUUGAUCAGCUGAGUGGAGUAGCAUGAAGUUUUGUAAGAGCUUAAGCAUAUUGAUCGAAGAAGCGUUGCCUGAUUGGAGAGAUAAGUUUUUGCCUUACAAGGAUUUGAAGAAGCAGUUGAAGUUGAUAUACCCCAAAGAUGGGAGCGAGAAGCAGCCUAACAAACGGCCCAGAUUAGAUUCAAUGGACGGUGGGGAUGGGAAGGACAGCGAGGUUUCCAAGGAGGUGAUGGAUUUUGUUUUGUUGUUGGAAAAUGAAGUGGAGAAAUUCAAUACCUUUUUCGUUGAGAAAGAAGAGGAUUAUGUUAUCAAAUGGAGGGAACUGCAAGAUAGAGCAGAAAAGGCCAAAGCAUCAGAUGGAGGGUUGAUGAAUGUUGGGAGGGAGAUUGUGGAUUUUCACGGAGAGAUGGUUCUGUUGGAGAAUUACAGUGCCCUUAACUAUACAGGACUAGUGAAGAUAAUAAAGAAAUACGACAAGCGAAGCGGUGCUCUUGUUCGCUUGCCCUUCAUUCAAAAGGUCUUGCAACAACCGUUCUACCGGACCGAUGUUCUUAAUGAGCUUGUGAAGGAGUGUGAGAUGGUACUUGAUCGUCUUUUCUCCACGAAUGAACCAUCGGCGUUACCUGAUGUAACCAACGAGAAAGACCACAAACCUGAUACUUCUAGCAGAAGUAAUGAAAACUUGCUCAAAGUUCCAAAAGAACUUGCAGAAAUCAAGGAUAUGGAGAACAUGUAUAUGAAGCAAACUUUGUCAGCACUACACGUCUUGAAAGAGAUCCGGAGCGGAAGCUCAACCGUGAGCGUGUUCUCACUGCCGCCUUUGCAAAAUCGUGCAUUGGAUGAUCAGAAGAAAAUUACUGUGUUAGAACAGGCAGCCAAAUAAGCUCCCACCUUUUCUUUUCUUUUUUUUUUUUUUUUAACAUAUACUGCUGCAAGAUACUCACAAAGCUUUGUAUCCUAAAUCCAAUUUCUGUUUGGAACUUGUAUGACACCUUUUCAUAGUUAAAAACCAAAACAUAAGUGCUAGUUUAA